AUGGACACUAGUCGCGCGUUCUUUCUUUUUCUCGUUUGUUUCGGAUUCGGGUUUCAAACCUCGAAAGCCGCAGACGAUCGGUUCUCCGAAGAACUUUUUAUAAAACCUUUGCCAAGUGGCCAUAUUUACUUCCACUUUCAAUUUACCACGCGUUGGGAUGUAGAUAUAAGAAGCAAAGACGAAUUUAAUCAAUAUCGUCUGUUUCCUAAAUCGCUUGGGGAUAUUGUAUCCACCUAUGAUGUACAAGAACUUCACUUAUCCCUUACUCAGGGAAUAUGGAGACAUGAUAAAUGGGGAUAUCCAAUCCAUGAUGCUCCCCCGGGAGCUGAGUUAUGGGUGUGGUUCUUACCCUCUGUUUCCAGUGUGAAACAGAGUUGGUCCGAGUUGGUCAAUGCAUUGUCAGGCCUUUUUUGUGCUUCUUUGAAUUUCAUGGAUGCAAAGUCUACAGUAAAUCCAAACUGGUCAUUCAGGCCUCAUGGAUUGCAAGGAGAAGGUUUUGCCAAGGAUGUGAAACUGCUACGUUAUUCUGCUUUGCCUCGAGAAGUGGUGUGUACAGAGAAUCUUACACCCUGGAAAAAAUUGUUGCCCUGUGACUCAAAGGUGGGGUUGGCAUCACUUUUCAAUGCUAUGAAAUUGUAUGAUACUGCUUAUCAUUCCUUGAGUGUUCAUCUACGACCCAUUUGUCAGGAUGAAUCUUGUAGCAAGCCUUCCAUUGAAUUAACCCAAUCGCUUGCUGUGGUGUUUGAUUCAACUUUAAAGAACAAUGGAUACCAAAAUUGGUCACUAAGAAAAUUGUUUGGCCGUUCAUUGAGAAACCAAUGUCCACUUGCUGACCUUAGUAACAUCUAUGUGGAUAUGACUUGCACCCAGUCGACUGAUUACCGAUGCCAACUCAUGCCUCAGCCUGAUCAAAUACUCAACUUCACCCAAAAAGAUGAACAGUUCUCCUACGGCCAGUACAGUGUUGGCAAACACACCAAAGAUGGCAACUUUCUCAGCAUUGGUAUCCAGUACAACCAGCAGCCCAAAUAUGGUCCAAUAAAGCCGCCACCAGUUUAUGCACACCGUUAUAUCACAGGUUAUGGCCUGGAGAAUGGCGGCAUCACUUGUUACCUGUAUAACAAAUUGCCACAGAAAGUGAAGGUGAUUUACCUUGAGUCUCUUCCAUGGUUCAUGAGAGUUUAUUUCAACACUGUCAAAAUUGUAAGCAAUGGUGUUGUCAUCAAACCAGUGGCCAUCAACUAUGUCCAGGGAAAGGACAGGGUCCAGCCUUACACGCUGGAGGUGAUUGUGGAAUUGCCACCCAAUUCAGUCAGUUCUUUGUCAUUUGAGUUUGACCGUGCCUUUUUGAAGUGGACAGAAUACCCUCCUGAUGCCAAUCAUGGGUUCUACAUAAAUUCUGCUGUACUUUCUGUCUCACUGCCUGUGGCCACCAACUAUACAACCCCUGGACAAGCAUCAUCAGUCCUGAUUGACAGUUUUGUUGAAGAGACUGGCCAGAAACAGUUUAUUGUGCGCAUUCAUACAGAGAGCCUCUUGUUAUCAUUGCCAACUCCAGAUUUCAGCAUGCCCUACAAUGUCAUCUGUCUUGCUUGUACAGUUAUGGCAAUUGCAUUUGGUUCUAUUCACAAUUUGACCACUAGACGUCUGGUAGCCAGAGACCCAGACCUCAAGACAGGAAUCAUUCACAAGAUAAAGACAUAUUUAUUGAAAUUGCACCCAAAAAGAGGACUCAAAAGAGAAUGA